AUGCAACUCGCCACUGCACGACAACAGAAUGUGCACAGUGAAGAAGAGAAUAUGGCUGCGAAAGGAAAGAAACAAAUAGUCAACACUCCACGGCACGCUCUGGGAAAUGUGAAAAAUAUGGCUACCCCCGUCAGAGCAGGACUCAAACCGUCAACACCUAUGCCGAAGCCGACGUGCCUUACAAUUAUUGAUUGCAGCUGCAAACGGUUAGCUCGAACCUGGCUUUUUCGGAGUCACGGAAGACGUCUUUCAGAGUUGUGUUCCAGUGGUAGUGCGGUCAAAUCCCACACGCCAAUUCCGCAGUCCAUUGUGUCACAACGCCUCGACUGGAGUGAUGACAUUAUUGAAGAAUGUAAUCUUGAGGAAGAUCGUGAUGAAAGCCCCGUCCUCCUCCAACAGAAUGACGUAGUACUUACUGAAACAGAAAAUGAGGCUGAGUACUUCCAAAAACUGAUUUCGGAAGGAUGUGAUCUGUCUGAUAUUAGCGAGGAAGACGCUAUUGAGUUAUGCGGAUCGGAUGAUGAGGGUGAUAAUUAUGACGAUAUUAAGACGGACGUAGUUAUGUUGACAGAAGAUUCUGGUCACUUUCAAUACGCGAAGCCAGAUGAAGAAGGGUUAGAGAGCACAAAGAAGUACACUUUGGAAGAAAUGGAGAACCUAUUCAACGAAUUCAGUGAAGUACUUAUUUUUUGA